AUGGGGCUGAUGGCUGAGGAGCCUGGCACCUCCUGUUCCUCUCCAGAAGUGACUGUUGGUGAGCAAUACUGCUUUGAGACACCUCCUGCCAGCUUCCACUUUGCAGGACUUGCUGCCUUCCUGCUGCCUUUGUCGCAGCAGGCUCUGGGGGUAAUUGCAACUACCCCAUUUCCGAGACAGAAGAAGACAGCCUCUCAUGCUGUGACGGAGCUGGAGAACACCAAGGAUUGCAGCCAGGCUGGGAAGCCUCUCUUCUGCCCUUCCCAUCCCACAGAGGAGCUAAGGCUGUUCUGCGAGCAGUGUGACCAGCCUGUGUGCCGGGAUUGCAUUGUAGACAGGCAUCGGCAGCACCCCUAUGACUUCACCGGCAAUGUCAUCCACAGGCAUGGGGACGCCUUGCGGGAGCUGCUGAAAGGCACUCAGCAGCACAUGGGUACCCUAGAGAGUGCGCUGAGCCAGAUUGAUGGCAUGGGCAGUGCCAUCCGCAGUCGCACAGAGGCCGUGGCCACAGAGGUCUGUCUGUUUGCCAGUGGGUAUGUGAAAGCAAUUGAAGAGCACAGGGACCGGCUACUGAAGCAGCUGGAGGACUUGAAAGUGCAGAAGGAAAACCUGCUGCACUUGCAGAAGGCCCAGCUGCAGCAGCUGCUGCUGGACAUGCGGACUGGCGUGGAGUUCACAGAGCGCUUGCUGACGAGGCGCUUGCUGACGAGUGGCUCGGACCUGGAGAUCCUCAUCACCAAAGGGGUAGUGGCGAGCCGGCUGGCAAAGCUGAACAGUGUUGCUUACAACACUCACCCCAGCGUGGAUGAUGGGAUCCAUUUCUCUCCCCAGGAGAGGGCAGGGCAGUAUUGCGGCUAUGAAGUUUUUGGGGCCAUUCUCAAUAAAGUGGUUGAUCCAGCCAGAUGUACCCUGCAUGGGGAAGAUCUCCACAGUGCCCGUCAGAACCAGCUGACUGGCUUUACCUUGCUCUGCUGUGACACCACGGGGGAGCGGAUGGGGCGAGGAGGAGAGGCCGUGCGGGUCACCAUCACCCACAAGGACAAGAGGGACUGGUGGGUAUUUCACCUGAGAACGCCCCAGUCACUGGGUUUGCCUUUCCGUCUCCCUUACCCUGGCUCCCUCCUUGUUUGGGCAGGUGGGAGGACAUGCUUCAGCAUUGUUGGCUCAGAUUAUCGCCAGCACCCCUAUGACUUCACCGGCAAUGUCAUCCACAGGCAUGGGGACGCCUUGCGGGAGCUGCUGAAAGGCACUCAGCAGCACAUGGGUACCCUAGAGAGUGCGCUGAGCCAGAUUGAUGGCAUGGGCAGUGCCAUCCGCAGUCGCACAGAGGCCGUGGCCACAGAGGUCUGUCUGUUUGCCAGUGGGUAUGUGAAAGCAAUUGAAGAGCACAGGGACCGGCUACUGAAGCAGCUGGAGGACUUGAAAGUGCAGAAGGAAAACCUGCUGCACUUGCAGAAGGCCCAGCUGCAGCAGCUGCUGCUGGACAUGCGGACUGGCGGGGGCGUGGAUGAUGGGAUCCAGUUCUCUCCCCAGGAGAGGGCAGGGCAGUAUUGCGGCUAUGAACCAAGCCGGCUGGCAAAGCUGAACAGUGUUGCUUACAACACUCACCCCAGCGUGGAUGAUGGGAUCCAGUUCUCUCCCCAGGAGAGGGCAGGGCAGUAUUGCGGCUAUGAAGUUUUUGGGGCCAUUCUCAAUAAAGUGGUUGAUCCAGCCAGAUGUACCCUGCAUGGGGAAGAUCUCCACAGUGCCCGUCAGAACCAGCUGACUGGCUUUACCUUGCUCUGCUGUGACACCACGGGGGAGCGGAUGGGGCGAGGAGGAGAGGCCGUGCGGGUCACCAUCACCCACAAGGACAAGAGGGACUGUGCAGUCAAGCCAACAGCGUGUGAUAAUGGUGAUGGGACGUACCAUAUUUCCUACAGCCCUGAGGAGCCAGGCUUGUAUGCUGUCUGCGUCUAUGUGAAAGGGCAGCAUGUUCAGGGCUCUCCAUUCACUCUGAUGGUGAAAAACAAGUUCCGUGAGCACCAAGGUGUGUUUCACUGCUGCACAUUCUGCUCAAGCGGAGGGCAGAAAGCUGCUCGAUGUGCCUGUGGGGGGACCAUGCCAGGUGGGUACCAAGGCUGUGGCCAUGGACACAAAGGUCACCCUGGCUGCCCGCACUGGUCGUGCUGUGGACAAGUGAAGGAGAGCUCGGAGUGUUUGAGUGGGCCAUCCAGCGACAUCUCACAGAGGAGUUUGCUCAGAACAGUGGCGCUCUGAGCAGCCAGGUGAGCCCCUGUGAGCCCAGGGCACUGCUGCUGGCUGCUGCACGAGCACAAACCAC